UUCCUUCCUGACCCGGAAGUAGCUUAAAGAAGCCGCACACAUCAUCCAGGCAUAUGCCGAUUAGCAGAGGAGUUGAUUCGGUUUACGUGGAUUGUGUUUAAUGUGAUUUAGACAUUAAGGAACGAAUUCAGAUUCAUCAGAUUAUAUAUGUGCCCGGUGCAUAUAUAUUUAUAUUACUGAUCACACAGCAAGCAUACCAUCACACACCUCAUUGGAUAAAUUGGAUUUGUUUCCAAUAGAUUUCCAUCUCCAUUCAUCUGAAUUUAUUUCCCACCAGCAGAGCAGAGAUGCUUGUUCCAGAACUGAGUAAGGACACGGUUCGCAUGAAAGAUCCGGAAAAGGUCCGACGGGUGAUUUCGGAGCUGCAGAGAGGAGGCGAGAACAAAUUGCAGGUCAUCUCGGACUUUGACAUGACGCUGAGUAGGUUUGGCUAUAAUGGAGAGAGGUGUCCUACAUGCUAUAAUAUUAUUGACAACAGCAGGAUCAUAAGCGAGGACUGCAGAAAGAAGCUGAAAGAACUGUUUAAUAUCUACUACCCGCUUGAGAUUGAUCCAAACCGGACCACCCAGGAGAAGUACCCACUUAUGGUUGAAUGGUGGAGUAAAGCCCACUCGCUGCUGUGUGAGCAGAGGAUCCAGAAGAGUGAACUCGCUCGGGUAGUGAAGGAGUCUCGGGCCAAGCUGAGGGAAGGGUUUGAAUUGUUCUUUGAGGGUCUUCAUCGCAGCGGGAUACCGCUUUUUAUUUUCUCGGCUGGGAUCGGUAACGUUUUGGAGGAAGUUAUCUGUCAAGCGGGCGUCUAUUAUCCCAACAUCAAAGUUGUCUCAAACUACAUGGACUUUGAUGACGACGGUAUCUUGACUGGGUUCAAGGGUGAACUAAUCCACACGUACAACAAAAACAACUCUGUCCUGAAGGACACGGAGUACUUUGAGCAGAUCAAAGAUCGCAGCAACAUCAUCCUCCUUGGAGAUACGUUGGGCGACUUGACCAUGUCUGAUGGUGUCGCCAAAUUGGAGAACGUCCUGAAGAUCGGGUUUCUGAACGACAAGGUCGACGAGCAGUAUGAUCUCUUUCUUCAGUCUUACGAUAUCGUGCUGAUAAAGGAUGAGACUCUGGAUGUGGCAAAUGGCCUCCUCAAGUUCAUAACGGCCAAGAACUGAUCCAAACUCCACCAAACCUCACCAAACCUCAGUUGUGCAGCCAUUCCUUCCA